AGAAAUCAAUCUCAAAGUUAAAGUAACUUGUAAGCAGCUCAAAUAUUUAAUCUAUUUUCACACAUCUAUCUUUAUUUGAGGAAUUUGUUUAAUCAAAACAAUGAAAUCUUAAUUUAUAAUUAAAUAUCAGAGCAAAAAAUAUACUUCUAACUCGAAAUUAAAAGAAAAAAACUUUUAUUAAUUAAAGAAAAAAAAAAGUUAAAUAUCUAACAAUUUUCUUUUUAAAGAAUUCUAAUAAAAAUACAAUUGUUAAGUAAAAUGAGCAAAAACUAUAAUAGAUUAACUAUUUCUUUUUUUAUCUUUAUGAUUGCUUUAAAUAUCAUUUACUGUAGGGAUGAUAUAAGAAUGCUUGGUUCAAAACGAGGUGGUGGUAAUACAUCAAGAUCAUCAUCUACAUCAGGUGCUGGUAGCUCAAAUUAAAGUGGAUCAGGAGGGACUAAUUCUACUACUACUGGAGGUAGCUACACAACUAAUGACUUAAUAAUUUAAGUCGUAGUCCCAAUAGUAGUUUUUGUUGUUCUUAUUUUUCUUAUUUGCUUAUGUAAGAGGAUAAGAUUGGCAAAAUAAAAAGUAGUAGCAGCUAAAAAUAUAAAAUUUAAUAACUAAUAAUAAUAAGACCUGAAUAAAUAAAUGCAGGCAUGUAAUCCUAUUCAAUAAUAACCUUAUAAUUAAUAGCAAUAAGGAUUUUAUUAUCCAAACUAAUAUGGAGUUAAUUAAUAAUAGCUCUAAGUAAAUCAGAAUAUAUCAUAUUAAUAAACCAAUUAGGAAUAAUCUUAUUUAUACUAUUAAUAACCAGCUAUUUAAUAAGCAAGCAUUUUGUGA